AUGAAGAACACCCAGGCUAGGAGUCAAAGACCAGACCAGCGAACACCCAAGCCAGGAGUCGAAGAUCAGACCAGUGAACACCCAGGCCACGAGUUGAAGACCAGACCAACGAAGAAGGAAAAGAGGUUUCAAUCUAAUACCAAAUUUGUUGCAUGCCAACCUCGUUCCUAUGCAAUGUACUCGGUCUUCUGUUUUGACUUAGGUGACAAGCUUCCACUAGGUGCCCCUGCACUAAUGAUGUCUCCACAAGGGGUGAACGUUGGCGCCGUCAAGCCAGAGCUAGUUCAAAAGAGAGAUGAGAAGUACAAGAUACCGACAGAUGAUCUGAGAAUGUCAAGAAUCUCUAUUGAAGUACCGGAGUUGAUACAUCCCAAUGCAGACUAUUGGAAGGAGACUGGCAAGGGUUUUGCUAUUGACAUAGAGCGGACAGAGAUAAUAUCUUAA